GGUAAAAAUCAGAAAUUCUGUCAAGAAAGAAAAUCAUCAUAAACAAUAAUUGUUUUAAGUUGUCUUCAUAAUUAUAUUUAGUCAGUCAUUGGUAACUUAAAUCCCUCCCCUCCUUAAAAAGCAAAUUUAAAAAUCCUGGGGUUUUUUUUUUUGUCUUAGUGUCAAAUUCCGUCUGGUUUUAGUAGCUUAUGGCUUAUCUGAAUUUUUGAAGAUAAUCUAAAUAAUUAUGCUGUCAACAUCUGGAAGUGGAAUUGCUGGCACGAUCCCAUAUACCAGAAACAUCAGUGAAAUUAAUUGCAAUUAUCUCAUAUGUGAUUGCCUUAUCAGGGCAGCUAUAGAGUGUGCUCUAGAUAAAAUGUACCAUGUAUAGAAAACAAUAAAAAAAAAAGGACCUUUAAAAACAAAACAACUUCUGAUGCAAUCUUCUGUGGUUGGAAAAGCAAGACCACAAGAAUUUACUUUAUUCAGCUAAUUCUCGUCUGUUGUUUAUCUUUAAUGAAUGACAUGACAACCAGAUGACUCGAAUCUGUAGAUAUUAUCCAGACACUACUACAAGUCUUUAUUCGGAAUGGUUGCUAAUCAUGUGAUACAAAGUGUCAUAUUGAUGCGUAGGACUUGAAUAACCAACUAGUUUUAUUCAUUUAAAUAUAUCUGAGAUGGUUUUAUUUUUCAGGUGUAAAAAAGAUUUGACAUUGUGAAAGGCUUAAUUUGUAAACUGAGCAUCCUUGAUAUUGCUCAUAUUAAUGUCAUGAUAAUUUUUAACUAUUUCCGACUGCUGUACAGAUGAGAAUUAAGUUCUGUAAAAGCCCAUCACUUUCUCCUAGUGACAGUGACGAAGGUUCAGGAAAGUGUAUGGGUCUGUAUGGUAGCCGAUGCCAGGCUCAGAACAUGGAUAGUGAGAAGAAUGGGACAGAUGACAUGCCAUAUCAUGAAAAGCAGCAUAAAGAAUUAUGUGCAUUGCAUGCAUUGAAUAACCUUUUUCAAGAUAAAAACCCAUCAGACAGAUUUACCAAGAAAGAUUUAGAUGAUAUUUGUACAAAAUUAUCUCCAGAUAGUUUUAUAAAUCCUCAUCGAAGUUUUCUUGGACUUGGUAAUUAUGAUGUCAAUGUUUUAAUGUCAGCCGUACAGAAAAAAGGUUGUGAAACAGUUUGGUUUGAUAAAAGAAAGAGUAUUAAUUCUUUAGUGUUUGAUAAGAUAGUUGGUUUUAUUUUAAAUAUACCAACAGACUAUAAACUGGGUUUUGUUCGAAUUCCACUUCACAGAAAACAUUGGAUAACUAUCAGAAAAUUACAAGGGUUAUACUGCAACUUGGAUUCCAAACUUGAAUCUCCAGAAACUAUUGGAAAUGAAGAUGAAGUUAAAGAUUUUCUCAAGAAUCAAUUAGAAGAUAUCAAUAAAGAAUUAUUAUUAGUGGUUCAUUCAGAAGUUAGUGACUCUGGUAGCUGGAGAAAAGAUAGCAUAGAAUAUAGUGACAAUAAAAUAAAUCAUGUGUAGGUGCAUGUAGAACAAGGCAUGAAUACAUUGAUUGCUGGAAAAACUAAUAUACCCAAAAUCUUGUGUCUUUGUUCAUAAUUGGGCAGGACAUAUACAUGAUGAACAUAUCUAGAUCUUAAUAUCAUAGAAAUGUAAAAGCACAGACAUAAAAAGUGUGUGAAAGUUGAGUGUAGUUAAUUUAAGUGCAAGCAUGUCACUAAACAUUGAUACCUGUAUCACAGUAUCUCUGAAGGGAGAUGGUCCAACUAUUUAUAUAUUUUAACAACAUAGAUAACAAUAACAGCCACUCAAAUCAACUUUUAAAAAAAGCUUUCUAAAUACCCCAAUUCAUAUGCCACAUUAAGUUAAAGAUUGUAUUCAUGACAUCACUGAAGGUAACAAAACUAGCAUUUAUUCACUGAAAAUAUAAAAUCUGGUAGUAUUUAUGACAAGACUAAUUCAUUUUUUAAUUAAGGGUAGUGAUUGAAGGAGGGCACCUAGAAUGUUCCUGAAAGUUGACAAUAGUAGUUGUUAUUUCAUCUAUCUGUUGUUAGGAUAUACAAACAGAUGGACUACAGUUUUAAAGCAAUUAAAGGAUAAGAAUGUUAUGGACCUGUUAUGUACGUCAGAAAUGUUUGUUUAAUGAAGUUGACAGGUCAGUAAAUGUCUGUACAAUGUAUUUUUGAUACUUUGAUAGUAGUACAUUAAACAUGUAUGUUGUUCAAAUGGCACUUAGUAAUUGACAAGCAUGAACAAGUUAUUAUAUGGAAUAACAAUUACUUAGCUUUUAUUACAGCAAUGUUUCAACUAACCUCUACAAAGCUUCAUCAGGCUACUGUGAUAUAUAAUUCAUCGUGGUAUACAUUAUAAUAUAUGAAAUGUUGAAUUAAAAUCAGAGUUAAACAUUCAUACCAGGUUACAUUUAAUAUUUAACUGAUGGGUUCAGUAAUCAGUUCUAAUAGUUUCUACAUUGAUGCUAUAUAAACUUAAGAAAUAAACCUUUGUAACAUAAUAUUUCUCACACCUUUAGGUUCAGGUUGCUUCAUGGGCUAAAUUAUCUUCAUGAUUGAUUCAUAAUAUUUCUGAGGUGUAAAUAUCUAGUGUGAAUAAUAAAAGACAUAAUAUUAAGUUAAGGGCAAGAGAUGUGAUUGCUUUACUGUAAAUCUAAAUAGACUUAAAGUCUAUAGAAACAUUGAAUGGCAUAAGGAAUAUAAUACCAUUGUGAAGAAUAUUAAAUGGAUUGAUUUUUAUAGUAUAUUGUAAAAAGAAUGGCCUUUGCAUCAUUAUUAGCUUAUAACUUAAAGGAGAAAUCCAGCUGAUGCAGAUUUUUUGUUUGGUUUAUUCAAUAUCUAGUAUAAAUCUCAUUUGUUUAUACAUGUAUACCAUGAUUGACUGUGGCAUGUUAAUUAAAGGUGAAUGAUUUGCACUUCCAGUUUAGCCUUACUCAAAAUGUGUUAAUACUAAGUAAUGAAUAAAAAAAAUCUGCAACAGCUGUUGUUCUAGCUGCUUAUUGUAGAAAAAUAAAAAAAUUGUAAAUACAUAUAUUUUAUUAGCAAUAUUGAUAUUGCUGGUAUGCACAUAUAUAAAAAUAUUAGCACAUACAUAUCUUGUGUGGCAUAUUGAUAUAAUUACUGGUAAAUCUGUGUGUUUAAAAUUAUUGAAAUUCAGUCAUCCCUUGGAUUGCAGUUUGCAUCAUCUUAAAAUUUAGUUACUUAGACCUCUUUUCCUAGCCCUGGUAAUAUCCAGUCUUAACAGAAAAAUGUGAAAUAUGAAUGCAAACAUGAUUAUAAUUUGUCGCCAAAUAGUUCUCAUAUUUGCUUCAAACCUUGAGACAAUUCUUGGGAAAAGGCACACGACUAGCACAGUAUAACCUGUUAGUCAAGUCUGUACAUAGCAGAUGACAGAUUCAUGAUCACCAAACUUAUUGGCAAUAUAGGAACACAAAUUAUUAUAUGCACCUUUUAAGUGCUAUGUACAGACUUAAAAGGUGCAGAUAAAAAAUGUUGAUGUAUGUGAUUAAGUUCAUAAGCCUCAGAUGACAACUCUAUAAUAUUACAAUGUUUUAGUAGUUGAUUUGUAUGUAAACUCACACAGGCAUUCACCAAUUUAAGCUAGUUACCCAAAUCAUUUAAAACAUUUACUCAAAAUCCCCUUUAUAGAAUGUGUAACCAGACCAUAUUAAGUUUCCAUCUAUUAACCUACAAGAAUAUAAGCACUUGUACAUUUUCUUAUUAUCAAACUAUAUUAAAUUUUAGUUGAAUUCAUAUGAUAAAGCACAAUGAUGUGUAAUUUAAAUGUGUGAUUUAUUGAAUGGAAGUGUAAUUGUAUGGUCCAAUAUACAAUAUGGUUGUGAUUUGAACUCGUACACAAAUCUUUUAACACAUCUAUAUUUGUAAGAAUAUUUUAAUAUAUAUAUUAUCUAAAGAUAAUUCGUUUAAGUACAGUGUAUUUGUUAGACUUAGAUUGUGCUUUUAACUGUAUAGAUUUAGAGCAAUAGUUUGCGUCAGUAGCUCACUUCCUAUAAGGAACAAUUGAUAGCUUUAAAUAAGGUUUCUAACAUUUUUUUAUGCGGAAUAUUUAUUGUUUUACAUUCAUCAAAUAUAAUUGAUGGAAUAUAUAUAAGAUAAUGACAAAUCAGUCCUGAAAAGUAUACCCAUAAAGCCGCUAACAAUUUUUGAGGGAUUAUUAAUCCCUUGCAAACUACAAUAUUGUGUAAGUUGAAUCCCAGAAGGGAAUAUUCCAAAAAGGUUCAAAUAUUGAAUGGAACUGAACCAUUUCCCUUUUGAGAUUUAACUUUAACAAUUAUUGUAGUUUACAAGGGAUUCAAAAUCUCUUAACUGAUAAUCAGUGGCUUAAAUUAAAUGUCUAAUAAUCAAUUUGUGAGCAUUAAGUUGUAAAAAACUUAGGUAUUUUGCUAAAAGUGGAAAUGACGAGCAGUGACAUAAAGGGGUGUCAUUACCUUAUGUAUGUAUGUAUGUCGACUGUUCUGUUAUAUUUUACUCAAUUAAGUGGCGAAUUAUUCUGACAUCUUCUCAUGUCAAAAUACAUUUGCACCAUUAUAUUUUUUGGAGCAGCAAACUUAUGAAUGGAUAAUGAUGUAUCUUCACACUAAAAUUGUUUUUGUAAAUGCAUUUGAAAUUAGAUUUUUAAAAUAUUAUUUUUGUGUGGAGCAGUGUGCGUGUAACUUUUGGCGGUUUUAUAUAAUACAGGCAUAGUUUUAGACAGAUGUGAAAUUUUGUCUCCAGAAAAUGAAACUUUCUAAGAUUUUACUAAAUAUUUCUCAAAUUUGCUUCCUCUUUCUGCAUAUAAUGAGGAAAAUGCUUUUGCAGUUGCAGAGUAAAAAAAAAGCAUUGAAGUUUUUCAAGUCUGUUUCUCAUUCAUCAAGAAUAAUACUUGGUUGACUGGGUGGGUAGUCUUGGAUUGGACAACAAAAACCAAGGUUUUCAGUACGAAUGGUAGUUGGAAUUCAAAGAUAAUUUACAGAGAUUCUGAUGUCUGCCCCAAAUUCUCUUCCUGGAAAAUAAAUAUUUCCAUGUUAUUCUCAAAAUGACCAAUCAUUGAUGUUAACAAUAACGUUUAAACCUUGAUUUCUGUUCUGUAACUAAAAGUUAAAAGACUUAGACGGUUUCAUCCCAGAUUGUAAUACAAGUUAAUAAAACAAAAGUCAAUAUUUUCAUAAUUGAAGAUUUGAAAGUUAACAUGAGAGAGAAUGGAUGUAUGUGAUAUUGUAUAUAGGCUACUAUGUUUUUAGAUAAACGACUAGUUUUUGUAUAUAGUGCUUAAUAAAUUAUAAUUGUUAUGUUUUAUAUGAACAAUAAAUGUCAGUAUUUUAUUUAUAAAUAUAGACUGGAUUGUGCAACUUACUUUUUAAUAUGAUGUAAUAAUGUCUGUUUCAUUUAUAAUUUUGUUACACUCACUUUACUUUUUUUGUCACACUUUUAUAGGCCUUAUCUCAAACAAUUGCUGAGAAGUGGUUUCUCUUAACUUGUUUGAGAUGUUCAAAGUAUACAAUCUAUGAUUACAAGUCCAUCUGAGAAAAAAGUCUAUGUAACUUAUAAGGUCUUUCAAUUAUUUAUGUGAUCAGCUCUGGUUGAAGAUGAAUUAUGUAAGAGCUAAGUCUGUCUACUACAGAUCUUUUCUGGUUUCAAAUCAAGGUUCUUAAUCCAUUUUGAAACAAACCGGCCAGAAUUGGGUUAAAGAGGUCCUGAAAGGAAAUAGGGUAAUUAUAAGUUCCCAUUCCCUUUAAUACAAUCAGACUUUCAACACAAUUCUUGAUAAUUUGUUAUGUAGAAAGUCAUAUUCUGAUUAUCACAAAGAAUAAUGACAAAUAGGUACACCUGUUGAAAAUUUUCUAUAUUCAAUUCGCGUACCGGAUUCAAGUUCAUGUCAAUAAAAUUCUGGAUAAUUAGCAACGUUAAAUGUGCAAGUGCAACGUUAAAUGUCUUAACCAGAUUUAUUGGCCUUAUAGUUCUUUGAAUACAAAAUGUAUAUUUGUGCUGUAAUUUUUUUUUACCUAUGUGUCUCAUGAAGUCAGAGCUGGUCACAUGUACAAAGUAUUUAGAAUUAAACAUAGUUGAACUGUUUUUAAUGACAGGAGAUUUUUUUUUAAAUCUCUGAUAAUAAAAUCAAAUCCUAUAUUAUGACUGUUUAAACCAUUGCUGGUCUGGGUUCUUAGAAAUAUAAAAUAUCUAAUCACACCCUGUCUGGCAUGCAAAUAUUAUAGUAUCUUUGUAUAUUUAAUUUUGGGUAUUGUAAGUGUAAGGGUUACCAAAAUUGCUCAAAACUAGUCUUCUGUUUGCUGAUGGAUGGUAAUAUUUCAGUAGAAAAUUAAUAUUUCUGAGAACUUACACCCAUAUAGUUUACCAGAGUUUUAAUAAAUCCCACAGUCGACAUAAUUUAUAAUCAGGUUAUCAUAAUAAAAUGGUCUUUGUUAAUUUUGAACAAAAUCAUGUUAAAUUAUUUAUUUCAUUUUUAGUGCUGUAUAAACUGUUAAGAAAAUCAUACAGAAGUGGUUUGUUUUUAUUUGCUGUUUAAUCAGGUUAUUAUUUUAAUACAAUUUGGAAUACACCUUCAUUAAACAUACAUUAUGCAAGAGCUAAAUCUGCCUAUUGCAGGUCUUUCUUUAGGCCUGAAAUGUUAUCUAAAUUAUUAGACAUUAAUUAACUUAUCCAGACCAUAAUCAACUCUUGGUGUCAUCGCUAGCCUGCAAUGUUUAUUGGAUUAAGUUCCAAUUUGCUGUUCAACUUCCAUUUAUAAUUUAAUCUUGAAAUGGAUAAUCACGACUAUGUUUUUUUUAUCGUACCGACUUUAGUAAUGAUGAUCAAGGCAAGGCAGAAAAUUCAGUCACAAAAAUCUUGGUUCAGAGUGGAUCAAUUUGACUGAAAUUUUCAGCAAAUUCCCUUUACAUUAUCUAGUUUUUAAUUAUUAUAGUGGCUCUUUAUCUAAUCUCCCAUAAUGUAUCUUUAAUAUUAACAUUUGCCUAAGAUCAAAUAUCAAAGUAUGUGUCGCAUGUAAUUAGCCUUGAUUGUACUUUUAGAUAAUAUGCCUUUAUUAUUUAGUUUUUUUGCAAUCUAAUUGAAAGAUUUCUGAUGAAAGGAUAUUUUCUUUAUCUAAGUCCGUUCAUAUAUUUAUUGAUUGGCUGUUGCAGUCCGAUUAGUCGAUUCUUUGAAAAAUAAUAAAUUUACUUCUUGUGAAUGGAUUUUGAUAAUGUACCUUCAUUAUAACUGUCACCCUUGUAAAUUAUGAAGAUCAACACUGAAUGUACAUAAUUGGGUGAUUGUUUAAAACAAAAUAGCUUUACAAUAUCAAUACCAUCUAUGCUUAUUUAAUUCCUUUACUUCAUUCUGAUGGUAAAUGUAGUUGUGUGUUGCAUAAACAUGAAAAAA